AUGUUUUACAUGCUUGGUCGGUUGCGUCGGCGUCCUGGAUUUGUCGGUACUGCAUUCUAUACCUUUUUUGGUGGAUUUGCAGGUUCUUUGUUCAUGAUUCCCUUAGGAAUUGCAAUGAGCCGCAACUCUUUGCGUUCCGUGCAGGAUCCGAACCAUUUGGCAAGUGCGCUACAUGACACCAUGGAACAGCGUCGUCGCGGCUUCGUUCCAAAGCAACAACCCUUGUCUGACGCGCCAGUCUCACAGACGGUCGAAUCGUCUGGAUGGUCGGAUCCAGCUGCAACUUCAGAGACAUCCGAGCCCAUAUUCGCGCCUGCAGCAUCAUCGGAUUGGUCAACAUUGGAGCCGAAAUCUGCUGGUCUUAACAAGAAGAGCGCUGAUGCACCACCGGCCUCACGUUGGGAUGAGAUCCGUGGGAACCGGACAAGCGAGCCGAGUAAAUGGGAACAGAUUCGCCAAGAAAAUGCGAAGAAUGCCUUGCCUGCACAUGUGAAUGCCAGGCAACGCUCCUCGCAAGAGCACGAGCAGAAGCAACCGCUCUCUGACUACGAUCGUGCCAUGAAUGAGUAUCGUGCUGCAUUUGAGCGUGAGCGCCAAGGCAUCGAUGUGACAACUGGCUUUACAGAGCACAAUGAAGCAUUACGUGAGUAG